AGUUAUCACAAGAACAUUGAACGUUAUAGAACGUUUUUUUUUUUAAUUUAACCAAAAAUACUCUUUUUAUAUAUUUUUUUGAAUUGAUUAACGUAAAAAAAGUAUAUAUUUAUAUCGUGUAUUUUGUAAAAUAAAAAUUUCUUGAUAAAAAAAUUGUUUUAAACUAAAGAAGAAAAUUGCAUUUUUUUUAAAUUUUCGUUUACUUAUUGUUACAAAAAUAAACAAACAAAUUUUGCAAGCAAAAAUCAAACCAAUCAACUGUUAAUAACAGUCACAACAGAGAAAAUUAAAACACAUACAAGUUCAAAACAGAAAUAAAUUUAUACAAAAUGUUGAAAACCAAAACAAAUGAUGAUAAAGUUGAUACACUGCUGGCCAAAAGUUUGGUACCCAUCAUUGAUCUUGCGCAUUGUGGUACCGAAGAAUGUCCAGUAAGAUCUGUUGUCAAUCGCGUGGGCUCUCAACUACACAAAGCUCUUUCAGAGAAAGGUAUGGCUCUCUUAGUCAAUCAUGGCAUCUGUGAUGAAAAGUUGAAAACAGCUUGGGAUCAUUUAGAUGAUUUUGUAGAUUUACCCACGGACGUUAAAGAACUUUACAUACGUACAGGUGAUGAUAAUCAUGGUUACGUUAGUCCUGGUCUAGAACGUUUUGAUGGCAAAACACCUGAAUUACGUCAUGCUUUCAAUAUCUGCACACUAAAUGCUAAAAAUCUGCCAGAAGAACCAUUGCCCGGUUUUGCAGAUCAUAUAUCUGUAUUGGCCGAAGAUUUCAAAGCACUGUCACGUUUUCUGCUACAAGCUUUAGCCCUAUCACUCGAUAUACCGCAAACAUUUUUCCUGGAAAAACACUCACACAUGUUGUCCGGUGACAAUGAUAAUGAGACGACAUUACGUUUACUCUACUAUCCACCGGUCAUCGAAGAUGACGAAGUUAGUAAAAAUGAAUUUAUAAAAGGUCGUUGUAAAUACAGUUACCAGCGUUGUGUAUCAGAUCAGCCAGAUUUUCGUCCGGAAUAUGAUCCUCGCGAUGAAUAUAAUGAGCUGGAUGGUGAAGACUCAAAGGGCCUUAAUGGCAGCUUAAAUUGUACAGAACGUAAAUUGCCCAAUGGUGCGGUGAUACGAUGUGGCGCCCACACAGAUUAUGGCACAUUCACAUUAUUGGCACAGGAUUCAGAGGGUGGUCUGGAGGUUAAAUUACCGGGUAGUGAAAAAUGGCAAAGAGUUGGUCAUCUACCCGGAGCCAUUUUAAUAAAUUGUGGUGAAAUAUUAUCGAUAUGGACACAAAAUCGUUAUCCAGCAUUGCAACAUCGUGUAGUAAUACCCGAACAAGAACACAUACGCUCCAGAGGCCGUCAUUCUAUAGCUUUCUUUUGUCAUCCUGAUAAUUUGACAAUGAUUUCUCCCAACGACUUACCUCUACCCGCUGAUGGUCAAGACCUUACCUGCAAAAAGACCCGCAAAAAGUCAUUUAAAGCUGCGAAAGAAAAAGUUUACAAUGCCUACCAACUGAUACAAAAACGUUUUCGAGAUACUUACCACAAUAGUUCACAAUAACUCUUACGUACUUUAGAUAAUAAAUAAAACCGGGACUUAAUUUUUAAUGUCCUAUAUUAAUUUAGGAUAAAAACAAAACAAAAGAAUGAAAAAAAUUAUAUUUAUUCCGUCAACUGAAAGAAAUAAAUGCAAAUAAUAAUAAAGUGAUUAUUUUUAUAAUAUACAUA